CAACUGUUUCAUCCUCGCGGGAAGUUCAACUCCGUUUGAUGGGAUUCUUUUUAUCGGUAUUCAUAUCGAUGCAAUAUGUAGCCGAAUCCCAAAUCCUGACUCCUAAAUCCUCGAUUCUCAAUCCAUCCAUUGCAUCCAUAGAGGAUGUUGGUGGCUCAGUGUUCACGUAUAUGCAAUGUUUGGGGUCUCGCACGCCAUCGUAUGGCUGGUUCUCCUAGCCCUGUAUCAAUGUGAAAUUACAGGUACCUCACAAUGGACUGUGGGCCCUUUGCAGACCAUAACUGGCCUUCCAUCACCAUUGAUCUCAGACACAUGGCAGAUCCUUGGCCCAUUCCAGAUAGGGACCAGAGAAGCAGCAUGGGGAUCUGAUCCUUUGGAAUACCAUGGCGGAUUCCCCUCCAUAAAAUAUAAUGCUUCAGAAUCGUUCAAGAGCGCCUUGGGACUCAAUGGCUCCGUCACAUGGUCGGAGACUACCGGCAUAUGGAUGGAGUCAAUGGACAAAUGCAACUCGGGAUACGGGCAGAUGUCCCUAUCGUUGUCAUUCCCUGAAGUCAAUUGGGACUUUCUGCAGUCCGUUUAUGGGUGGUCCGCAAAGCAAUAUCAGGCGUGGAUGCGUGGAAGCAUCCUGAAUGAAGGGGACACCUCCGAGAAUGUCCUCUUGUACACCGACCAGAUCCUCGAGUACGCAAUUGAUGGAACGAGACAUUGGGGAGGUGACUUCUAUUCAUAUCGCCGUGCUCCCCACAUCAUUCAUCUGCGGCCAGGAUUGCAUACGAUCGACAUCCGCGUGGUGCGGGACGUCCGCGCCAUGGGUGGCACUGGUGAGCCGAGUACCACGGUUCGUCUGGAAUUGGCAAGACCUCGCAGGUCCCUCGAGAUCAUCAAGAGCAGUGUGCUGGUGCCGGAUGUAGUUGAUGGGGUACUUUCGAGUCCGUAUAUCUCGAUUCCUCUCCGGAACGCAGGCAGCGAUUGGGUGCGUGCUGAGUCGGUGGAUGUCGCAGGGGUAUCCACUCACCGGUUGGAUGAUCUAUCAUCUUCCUUCCUCUUAGCACCAGGUCAAACUCGGCCUUUUGCCUUCGAGAUAGACUUGGAGGGCUACCAUCAGAGUAGCAUCGAGGUCACUGUGACGUACGCAGCGGCCAAUACGGCCAAUACCACAACCAUCCCAUCAACCACCUCUAUCAAUAUCCCGCUCCGACAUCGAUCACGCCACGAUGCCCAGAAACUCACUUACCCGCACCCCUCAGGUAUCGUAUCCUACGCGAUGCUGCGACCACCCGCAGCAAAUGCAUCCUGCUCUAAAAUCCAGGACUUCCGUGCUCCUAUACUUCUCGCAUUGCAUGGUGCAGGGGUGGAUGCAGACAGUGAUCAACAAACGCAUUCUCUCGACGCCGUCGUGGACCUGUGCGCAUGGGUGCUCUUCCCAAGCGGAGUGACGACUUGGAGCGGUGAUGAUUGGCACAACUGGGGGUUUGCAGAUGUGCAGGCUGCUGUGGAUGCCAUUCCUGGUUGGAUGGCGAGGUUUGACUGGAUUGGACCGGGCGUUGAUGUCCAGAGUUGGAUCGUCAGUGGCCAUUCUAACGGUGGUCAAGGAACUUGGUAUAUCCUCGCUCAUCACCCGGACAAAGUCCUAGCCGCUGCUCCAGUAUCUGGGUACUUGUCUAUUCCUCAAUAUGUGCCAUAUCAAUUCUGGCAUCAAGCGGACCCUGUCAUCCUCGCUCUAGUGCAGUCGUCUCUCAGCAGCUAUCGCCACCAAUUGUUAGCCCCAAACUCACGAGGGAUCCCCAUCCUCCAGCAACACGGCCGAAUCGAUGACAAUGUCCCCGCAUACCAUGCUCGUCUCAUGUCCCAGCUGAUUGCCGAAGCGAACUGGUCCAGCACCUACGUGGAGCUCCCCGAUCGGAACCACUGGUUUGACGGCGUCAUGACUACCCCCGCGCUGCAGGAAUUCUAUCGCUCCUCGGCCGCGCUCGAGAAGCGAGCGAUGGCGCUGGAUAUGUUUCGAGUUGUGUCCGCAAACCCUGGGGAUACUGGACCGAAGCAGGGGAUCCGAAUCAGGCGGUUGGAAGAGCCUAGUAGAGUCGGGUUGGUGGAUGUGGUGGUCGAGCAAAUAGAUGCGGAUACUUGCUUUUUUGAGCUGAAGACAAGGAAUGUGCGGGAAAUUGGCUUUCAGUACUAUGAUUGCGGCAUCGUAGGUCUUCGCGUCGAUGGAAAGGAGUUGGUGGCUGAUAUCUCUCGGGAAUCUCUCGAGUGGCCAGUCGUCAAGGGCAACGAUGGUCUCUGGAUGGAGUCUUUGGUUUGGGAUACAAGUACUUCACUGCGUUCGACUAUCCAGAUGGGCGGGUUUGACGCGAUCCUCCGCACGAAAGGCCGCUUUACAGUAACUUAUGAGGACGCGAUUACCUUCGUCAAGGCACAGCAGAUUGCGCGGAAUUUUUACCAGUACUUCGCCGCCGACAGUCUAAUCGCCGAAUAUGACUCCUCAGCCCUGUCGAGCGCCCCUGGGAAUGUCAUCUUGACGAGUCUGACCCGCGAGCCCUUGAUUGAUAUUGGGGAACCAAGCCCUAUCACGAUCCGUGACGAUGGACUCCAUCUUCGACGAGCGAACUGGGACGAGAGAUUCCCCUUCGAGGAGAUAUCUGGCGCCAUAUUCGUCAGUCCGUUGGAUAAUCAUCGCCUUGCGCUGGUGGUGUGGGGCGUCGAUGAAGCUGGACUGACUUCUGCAUCCCGCCUCGUCCCCUUACUAACCGGCGUUGGGUCGCCCGACUUCGUGGUGCUAGACAAGAGCAUGGCAUGGCAAGGUGUUGCGGGUGUGAGAGCGAUUGGGUAUUUUGAUGAUGAAUGGCGGGUGGCAGAGCGGUCGUCAUACGUGUAAGUUCUCCUACCUUGACAGGAUAAUAGAGAUCAUGGGGUCGGUGGUCAACAAUGUCUUUCACUAUUAGGGGCAAUUCGUGUUGUUGUGUUUAUCUAUCACAUUGUGUGUGAUAGUCUCAUGGUCUACAUUCACCAUCGGUCCCUCCAAUCACUUGCUUUUCACCCAUCUUGUGAAUCAUCCCAUUUUGACCUCCUGAAUAAGCCUAUGCACCUAGGCACCCUCUCGUUGCCUACACAUUGAAUUUGAAGCCUCCCAUCACCUUUCACUCUUCUUCCGCCAUCCUUUUCUCAAUCUCCCUUCUUCCUCUCUCACCCACACCUCCCCCUCCCACACACACUUCAAAAGUCCUUCAAAAUUCCCAUCUCAUCGCCUUCAUCCCCUUUCCUUUUUCAACCAUUAACCUCAUCCAUCUCGAUCUAGCUGUUCGUAGCUAGCUCACUACUCGUCU